AUGAACAAUCAAUUGAAGCCUCGCCGGCAACAAGGCAAUGACCGCAUGGUCAACGGGACCAAUGCAGCUGGCGCAUCUUCGCUGAAAGGUGACUUCACAAAGGAGCACAUCACCGGAGGGUGGCGACCUGGCAUGGAUCCCAAAGUCGAUUAUUCUGGUCACUUCGAAUUUGGGGGCUCACUGGGCAACUUGGCGCUCAUGAUCGGCUUCCCCCUCCUGAUGUACUAUAUGUGGAUCGGUGCAACGUACUAUGAUGGGAAGCUCCCUCUCCCCCAAACUGGACAGUCAUGGACAGACUUUGGAACACAUCUAUUCCAUCUUGUUCGUUCUGGGGCAUUUCCACAUUUUAGGGCGUGGCGCAUCUACUGGACAUACUACAUCUUCGAAGCAGCAUGUUACGUUCUCAUGCCUGGUUUUACUUGCUACGGAAAGCCUCUUCUCCAUUUGGGAGGCAAGCAGCUAAGAUACCACUGCUCUGCUUAUACCAGCUUUUACUUGACAAUUUUGGUCAUAGCUGUUCUGCAUUACACCCGACUGUUCCCAAUCUACACCUUCCUGGACGAGUUUGGUCCUCUGCUCUCAGUGGCAAUUCUUUCGGGAUUUAUUUGCAGCUUCAUCGCUUACAUCUCUGCGUUUAUGCGAGGUGCGCAGCAUCGGAUUACUGGCUACCCCAUAUACGACUUCUUCAUGGGCGCCGAAUUGAACCCACGCAUAUUCGGAAUUCUCGACUUCAAGAUGUUUUAUGAAGUCCGUAUCCCAUGGUUCAUUCUCUUUGGUUUGAGCUUCGCAGCUGCUACCCGUCAGUAUGAGCGUUACGGAUACGUCUCAGGUGAGGUAAUGUUCUUGGUCAUGGCGCACUUCCUCUAUGCCAAUGCAUGCAGCAAAGCCGAACAUCUUAUUACGACGACCUGGGACAUGUACCAGGAGAAACUUGGAUUCAUGUUGACCUUCUGGAACAUGGCGGGUGUUCCCUUGUCCUACUGCCACUGCAUCCUGUACCUGGCUAAUCGCCACCCCUCGACCUAUGCUUGGAACAAAUGCGCUCUGGCUGUACUUUUUAUGUCAUACCUCUUUGUUUAUUGGGUUUGGGAUACCGCGAACAGUCAGAAAAACUCCUUCCGGAUGAUGGAACGAGGCACAUUUGUCAAACGCAAGACAUUCCCUCAACUACCUUGGCAGGAGGUAUACAACCCUAAAACAAUUGUGACCGAGAAUGGCGAUACCAUCCUGGCUGACGGCUGGUAUGGGCUAGCUCGCAAGGUCCAUUACAGUUGCGAUAUGUUCUUCGCUCUGUCUUGGGGUUUGAUCACUGGCUUUGACAGCCCGUUCCCUUGGUUUUAUCCUGUUUUCUUCGCUGUGAUGAUUGCCCAUCGGGCCAGGAGAGAUAUCAUAAAGUGCAGAAAUAAAUAUGGCGAGGCUUGGAAGCAGUACGAGGAACAAGUCCCGUACCUCUUCAUUCCGUAUGUGAUUUAG